UCAGCUGAUGGUCAAAGAUGGGGUCGCGUGUUGCUCGUAUGUUCAGAAACUUCAACCUAGAGAACCGAGUGAUCCGAGAGAUCUCCAGAGAGAAGCCGCGGGCGGCGCCGCGACACGAGUCCGGCGCGCCGCCGCCUGAAGUGGUGGACAAGGUGGACACAUUGAGCCAGAAGAACGACCCUCUGCUGAGCCUCCUCAGGUCUGUGUAUGUGGAGUCCACGGAUCCAGCGGCAGAGGCGUCAAAGGAGGUCACAGAGGGUAAAGAGGGAGAGCGCCGGCCGCUCAGGUUCAGUUUCCCAGGGGAGGCGUACGGCCUGGUGGAGCUCACGGACGUUCCUAGAGGCAAACUGACCAUCGCUGAGGCUCUGAAGGCCCUGAGCAGCCACCAGCAGCACCCUCAGACGUGGACGCUGGAAAAGGUCGCCCAGGAAUAUUCACUUGACCUGAAAGACACUAAGGCUCUUGUUGAGUUCUUCAUCCCCUUCCAGGUCAAGAUCAUACCACCCAAGAGCGAAGAUGCCAGGCAGAUAAACGCCUCGUAGGACUGGACUGAUGAUGAUCAGUAGAUAAGAUCAGAUGUCAAACGGAUUUAUUCAUGUAUGUCGGUGUCCUGGUAUUGGGAGAGUCACCUGACCUGGAGCGGAUCAGCCACAGUAUCUCAAGCUCGGGUUUGGACGCAAAUGUCGAUGAAAGAAACUAUGAAAAAUAAUAAUUAUUAAUAAAUACAGUGGGUCUAAGAACUCACUAUAUAUUGAAAAA